GGCUGGCGCUGGCAGCCCCCGGGGUGGGGGGCGGGGUGGGCGCCGGCGGCGCGAUGCUGGGCGUCGUGGAGCUGCUGCUGCUGGGGGCUGCGUGGCUGGCAGGCCCAGCCCGCGGGCAGAACGAGACAGAGCCCAUCGUGCUGGAGGGCAAAUGCCUGGUGGUGUGUGACUCCAACCCGACGUCCGACCCCACGGGCACGGCUCUGGGCAUUUCCGUGCGCUCCGGCAGCGCCAAGGUGGCUUUCUCUGCCAUCAGGAGCACCAACCACGAGCCGUCCGAGAUGAGUAACCGCACCAUGAUCAUCUACUUUGACCAGGUGCUAGUGAACAUCGGGAACAACUUUGAUUCAGAACGCAGCACUUUCAUCGCCCCGCGCAAAGGGAUCUACAGUUUUAACUUCCACGUGGUAAAAGUCUACAACAGACAGACCAUCCAGGUGAGCCUCAUGUUAAACGGGUGGCCGGUGAUUUCAGCCUUCGCCGGUGACCAAGACGUGACCCGCGAGGCCGCGAGCAACGGAGUCCUAAUCCAGAUGGAGAAAGGCGACCGGGCAUACCUCAAACUGGAGAGGGGCAACUUGAUGGGGGGCUGGAAGUACUCGACCUUCUCCGGAUUCCUCGUGUUUCCCCUCUGACUGCCUCGUAGCGGGAAUGGAGGAAGGCUGGCGGGGGAGUGAGAAACAGGCUGAAAUUCACAGGGCACGGAAGCGGCGCGGCCGGAAACUUCCAGGUGUUCCUAGCUACACCGGCUUCAAAGGUGUGCGCCGCCGGCGGGCCAACAACUUCGUCCGUGUCCUUAUUAAGAGAAGUAAAUUCGCUUAGCUCUACGCACUCCCAUUUCCAAAAAUAAACUCGCCUCCCGCAAGCCAAUUGCAGUAACCGAGGAAGAGACUGCAUUGUCAUUGCUACUUACCCCACGUUCACGUUCCCAACAAUUUAACGGUGUAACGUGAAACGUUUCUCUCCAUGCCCCUCUGAACCCUUUCACUUACUGAAACUUAGUAUGUUUCCCCGCACCCCCCCUUCCUCCAGUUUGGAGAGGGGGUAAGGUUUUUGUUUUCUGUUUCUGUUCUGAACCGGGCAGGUAGUGUUAAUAUAACAGUAUUUGCUCAUCCUACACGGAUCGAGUUAAUUGGCUGAAGAUACUUUUUCCUCAGCGGCUUGUUAGGGAGAAAAGACUCACCUUCGUGGCGACUGGUUUAAACUAUACA